AUGGGACUGGAAGCACAGAAUCUGUUCAACACGCCUGAAGUUCAAGCAGAGCUCAAGCUAUUGCCUUUGUCCGCAGAUCUCGCAUGUAGUCCGCUGAUUUUACAAGCCCUGGCUGAAACUGCCAAUGAAGACACCCUGGAGACAGACACAGUACAUGCCGUUUUGUGGAGCGCUUGGAUUCAACACCGUUGGACGAGUCUGAUUGAUAUUCUCCUAAAUGGGGUGAAUGUGGUGUUGCUUUGCCUCUUGUCUUUGAUGUAUCAUGGCCUGGAGACGCGAGUCUCACCUAGCAACUUGAGCGCCGUUUUGGCGGUUCUCUAUGCCAAAGAGGUGAUUGAAUGGUUCUUGGCCUGUUUUCCAGAGUGCCUGUCUUCUGGCCUUAGCGUUGAUGUCGUCUGGGAUACGGUCUACUGUGGCAUUGGAUGGGUAGUCAUCAGCAGUCAUUUGGGUGUCCUGGACCUCAAUGAUGCAACCUUGAAGCCCUUCAUGGCCGUGUUCAGCUGUCUCGCUUGGCUCCGGAUGCUCUAUAGCCUCCGCGGGGAAGCCUGGCUGGGACCACGCUUCUUGCCCAUCGUUGCAGCGAUCAAGGACACCGCCGCCUUCUUUUUUAUUACCACGAUCUGCGUCAUGGCCACGGCUCACGGGUACUACCAGAUCGCCCCACGUGCUGAAGAUCCAUCUCCGAUCUUCUCGUCCUUGCUACAAACCUUUCGACUUGGUAUUCUUGGAGACUUCGAUUUGUUCGAGUUCGAAGGACAAGAUACCGAGUACGAUCGAGUGGACGCCACCUGGGUGCCCAGAGAUCCCGAGCCCGGAGAGAAUUUCAUCUAUGUCCACGUCAUCUUCUUCCUGACCAGCAUUGGAAUUACCGUGAUUCUGAUGAAUAUCUUCAUCGCUGUGCUGGGUCAAAAUUUAGAGCUCUUCCAAGACCAAGCGCAGCAGCUCUUCGCACGCGCCAGGGCCAAGAUGCUUCUGGGACAACACCAACACCCUUGGGCCCGGUUGUGGAGGUUUUGUUGCGCAAGGAUCAGAAGAAGAACGCGGGACGAUGCAAAAAGCUUGAAGGAUCCCUUUCAACGCUGCAGCUGCUUGAGGUAUGUGCUUUACCGCAGCUUGUGGCCUCUAUCCAUUUUGGCUGGGGAGCAGGCCAUCUUCCGAUCUCUUUGGAGUGAAUGUUUAAGACGACCCAGGACUGCCUAUGUGUUGCUGUUCUUCUGUCCAAUGACGUUCUUCCUGUGCUUAGCCUGUUUGAUCCCCUUCGGCUGUUGCUGCUUGGUCUUUCGGAAGCAAGGGCUUCAAUUCUGGUUCCGGAUCCUCUUUCUUGGCAUCUACUGCUGUUCUGACGACGUCCUCCACUUUGAGGAGUGGAGCGCCUCAGGAUGUCUCAUUUGGGUCUUCCUAAGGCCCGACCCCCCGCGGGAGGAGCUGCGAAGCACACGUACUGCCUUGGAUGCCAAGAUGCAGAAGAUGGAGAGCAAGGCAGUUGCGGCUUUGAUGAUGGUGGAGUUGGGUGUGCGCACUGGCACGGGAAGCUCUUGGAAUCGCUCCUCUGCCGGCACCGAUGUCCUAUCGCUGCGGCGCCAGGUGAAGCGCCGGGUCUACGAGAGCCGGGAGCCACCAGAGGAUCUCUUCUGCCCUUCUAGCACGAUGGAGGUGCUGGCACCGGAGCCCUUUGAGCUUCCAAAGGGGCCCAUGGGAGAUGGAUAUAGCUUGGCCUAUUCCACCAAGUCACAGGUUCAGAAGGCUUUCUCCAAGUCACGCUCAGCCUCCGCAACGGCGCGGAAGAUGAUGAAGAGCCCUACCGGCGAAAUGCUGAAUGGCUUCUGGUAUUCCUCCAUCCACCAGCGCCUCUCCGAGGGCAGGUAUCGGCCUAUCUCACUCUGGGGCGAAGAGUUCCAGGGGAAGUGGAAUACCGACUGGCAUGACGUGAGCCACAUCAGCUCUUCGAGGGACAGGUUUCCUUGGAUGCGGGGCAACAUCCAGCUGAAGGAGUUCGUUCCAGACUCUCAGGGCCGGACUCGAAACGUUGGGCCGCUCAACGACGAGAAGUUACCGGAGAUCAUCCGCUGCGGCUCCCAAUGUAUGAUCCCCUGA